AUGGUGGCGGGCGAAUGGGGCUAUGCGCCGGUGCCGGCCACACCCGCCAUGAACGCGUUCUUGGAGACCAACCACGCGCACCUCGCGUCCUACGGGCUCAAGAUGUCGCCGCAGCCGGGGUGCGGCGUCGGUCCGCAGCACCGAGCGGCCGCACCCCAUCCUCCACCGCAUCACCCGCCGCACUACCAACCCUACCCGCUGCACUCCUACCAGACGGGCUACUUGCGAGAGUACGGAGGCUGCGGAGAGCUGUUUCCGCAACAGCCGAUAGAGCAGAGCUGGGACUGGCGCGGAGAUGUCCACUACCAAGGCGGAGCGCCGGCACUCGUUCCGCACGCGCACUCCCACGCACCGCACGCUUUCCUGCGAUACGUGCGCGCCCCGCCGCGUCGUGACAUGCGGUGUCAGUGGCUGGACCCCGAGCAGCCUCCGCCGCGGAAACUGUGCAACAAACUAUUCUCGAGCAUGCACGAAAUUGUGACGCAUCUAACAGUCGAACACGUGGGUGGACCGGAGUGCACGACGCAUGCCUGCUUUUGGCAAGGCUGCUCGAGGAACGGACGGCCGUUCAAAGCGAAGUACAAGCUAGUGAACCACAUCCGAGUGCACACGGGAGAAAAGCCCUUUCCAUGCCCCUUCCCUGGAUGCGGCAAGGUGUUCGCCAGAUCGGAAAACUUGAAGAUCCAUAAAAGAACUCAUACAGGUGAAAAGCCGUUCAAAUGCGAAUAUGCGGGCUGCGACCGCCGGUUCGCCAACUCUUCAGACAGAAAAAAGCAUUCGCACGUGCAUACAUCGGACAAGCCUUACAACUGCCGCGUCCACGGCUGCGACAAGUCUUACACGCACCCAUCUUCUUUGCGGAAGCAUAUGAAAGUGCACGGGGCAGCUGGCGAUGCUUCCCCCCGGUACGACAGCGAUGGAGACGAUUCCUCCUCAGCUGGAAGCGUCAGCGUAACAGCUGGAGCAUCCAGCCCUCCAGCACCCAUUCCUCCACCGCCUCCUCAAGCCACAACGCUACACCCUCACCACCACCCGACGAUUACAGAUAAACUAGAGAGCCUUAACGAUAAAUACCUUAAUCCUCAAGACCAGAAAUCGUACGAGCGUCUGCCAGCACCACCUCACCACAAUCAACCUCCCCACCUCACGAAUAUAGGGGGUAACGGUAUGAUGGACAACAAACUUGGCUUCGGUGGUCACUGGAGCCAGUUCCAACAACCUGCGCCCGCUGUUCCUCACGCGGUUCCGGAGUGGUGGUGUCCCACGCAGGAGUCCUAUCACCACCAUCACUUGAUGCACCACUCUGGAGCUGCCGCCGCUUACUGA